CUGAGUUGAGCACUCACCUGGAGAAGGAGCUGCUGAAGCAGCAGGCCAGUAUGGAGGAAGAACAAAAGAGACAGAUCAGCUUAAUCAAACAGGUGACUGAACGUGACCAUGAGAGGGUGGUGUUAGAGCUGACUGUCAAACACAGCGAGGAGCUUAGUCAACUGAAGACAGAGCUGUCGCUGGAACUGAGGGAGAGCUUAGAGGCUGCCCACCAGGCUGAACUGCAGCAGGCACAGGCCCAAAAGACCAUUGAGCUUGAAGCCUUGCGUCUGAGCCUGACCAAUGUCCACAUGUCCCAGCUAGAGCACCUUCAGGAGUCUGCUGUCACCAAAGUCCAGCCCUCCCUGAAGGAGACAUUUGCUCAAGAGACUGCAUCCAUGCAGGCCCAGCAUCAAGUAGAACUGGACCAGCUCAAACAGAACUACCAGGAGCAGCUGGACAGACUGCGGGAGCUGCACCAACGAGACAUGGAUGAAUUAAAGCAGCAGUGGGAGACUCAUGUUGCUCAGGAGAGAGGCUCAAUGAAAGAAAAGCAGGCUAAAGAAAUACAGGCUCUAAGGUUACAAUUGGAGAUAGAGGCUCAGAGCGCCCGCUCAAACCUCCUGACAUCUCUGUCAGAGACCGAGAACAGCCUCACUGCCACACAGACAGAGCUCGCCAGCACCCAGGCCUCCCUUACUCAGAUCAACAAAUCUCUAUCUGAAGCCCAGGCAGCUCUGUCGCAGACCCAGUCAGAGCUAAAGGAGUCACAGGCCAGGCUGGAGGAACUCCAGAUAUCCAGUAAGGAGGAGAAUCAAAAACUAGAGAAGGAGCUGAAACAAGCUUGGGCUGACAGAGACGCUGCUGCAAGUUCCCUGGAGGAAUUGGUCUCUAGUCAAAAGGCAGUUCUGCAGGAGAAAGCGCAGCAAGUUCUAUACCUGGAGGAGAGGGAACAGCAACUUUUUAAAGAGGUAUUGCUCCUUCAGGACGAGAAGACAUUGCUGAAAAAGAACUCAGAUGAGGAAGUAGCUCAGCUGUGGACUCAGCUGGACAGCAUGAGGGCGAGUCGCCAAGAGUUGGGAGAACUAAAGGAGCAGCUUCUCGCUCGCUCAUCUCGUGUUGAUGACAUUGAACGCCUAAAGAUGGAGUUUAAGGAACAAAAACAAGGAAUCAAAGAGCAGAAUGAGGCUGAGCUGGAAAGCCUAAGGAGGUACUUCGAGCAGAGGUUGCAAGCGACUGAAGAGAGCUACAGAGAGGAAAUAGCUCUUCUCCAGCUACGACUGGUAGAAUCUGCUUUGGAAGAGUCUUUGCAUAAAACCGCUAAUGACAGUUCCAUUUCUCAUGAUGAAGCAGAGGAGGCAAAGGUUGUUCUUUCUGAUACCAGCCUCAAGCUUGAGAAACAUAAGGAAUUGGAGGAGAAACACUCAAUGGAGCUUGACAAUCUUAGAUCCUCCUUGACUCUUUCCUUUGAGGAACAGGUGCAGCAGGUACGCUCAGACCUCACAGACCAUUACUAUGAUGAGCUGCAAGAGAUGAAGACUCGUCACGCUUUAGAGAUGGAGCAACUCAAAGCCAAACUUUCUGAGAAUCACUUACGAGAGCUUACCAGAGUCCGUUUGGAGGCUGGUCUGCAGGUUGAGGCGGAGAUUGAACUGAGACUGUGGUCUCACACUGAGGAGCUGCAGACAAGGAUGACCAUGAUCCAUACCCUGGAGGACAGACUGGUUUCCUUGAGUAAACAACAUGAUGCAGAAAUACAGAAGGCACAAAAACGCAUGACAACAGAAAUCGAGGAGCUCACUGCUCUCCUCCAGGAGCAGAGUGAAGAGCAGCUACGUCAGGCUCAAGAGAGGUUCCACGAGGAAAAAACUGUGCUGGAGCAGCAUUUGGUCCAGACAUAUGAAAACUCUGUGUCAGAGCUAAAGAACAAACUUCAAACUGAGCUGGAACAUGAGAGAGCAGCUCUACUGAGCAAACACUCGCAAGAGAUGGACACACUCGAUGCCAAACACAAAGCACAGCUAGAUUCACUCAGUGCCAGUCACAGAGAUCAGCUUGUAGCCAAAGCCACUGAUCUCGAAUCCAAACACAAUGCAGAGAUUGUUGCCUUGGAAGCGGCCCUCAAUUCCAAACAAACGGCAGACUUUAAAAAUCUGGAGGCCAUUUUGCAAGAGACCAGUCAGGAUCAGCUGGAGGCUUUAGAAGCUGAGCUAACUCGCAAACACCAAGAGGAGAGGGAUGUAUUGGAAAAGAGGAUGCUGGGUAAUAUGGACACUUUGGAGGCCACGUACCUGAAGGAAGUGCAAACACUGCGUGAUGAAAUGGGACAGCUCAAAGAGGUGCACCGUCAAGAUCUGAAUCACCAGAAGUCAGAAUGUCUGCAGAUAAUUGAGUGCCACGCUGCAGAACAACUGUCCGUCAAGGAGGAACUGAGGAAAGAACUGGCUCAGAUGCACAUGGAAAAGUUUAGUGCCAUGGCAGCGGAGCUCAGCCAAGUUCACAAGGCUGAGCUGGCUGCUCAAAAAGAGGCCUCAGAUAAUGAACACUGCAAAGCUCUGGAGACCCUGAAGAUGCAGGUUUUGGAGCUUGAGCAACAUCACAAUUCUUCACUCGAGGAGCUUUCACACACCUACAGUGCUGAGAAAGAGCAGCUCAUCAAACAGCAUCAACUCCAGCUACAGGAGUUGAGGGGUAUCUCUGCCCGAGAAUUGGAGGCAUGUCGGCGGGAGCUUGAAGAGGAGUCGUCAAGGCAACGUCAGCACUUCAUAGAAGAGGUGGAGCUCCUCAAAGUCCAAUCAGAAGAGAGGCUGCAGGACAGGAUUAAUCAACUGAAGACGGAGUUUGAGGAGCAGAAGGAGGGGGAGCUUCAGCAACUGAGGCGGAGCUUCACAUCUGAACAAGAGAAGAAGGAGCAGAGCUACACGGGCAAAAUGAGCCAACUCACCUCCCAGCUGCAGCAGCUUGAUGCUGUGGUGGCCCAGCUGCGGGCAGAGGUUGGCUGUCUGCAGGGAGAGUUAGAAGGGAAGCGUGCGGAGAUGGAGACACUGGACACUCUCCUCCAGCGAAGGGACAGAGAAAGUCAGGAGGGAGGCAACCUCCUCAAGAUGCUCACUGAUGACUUGCACACUGCCAAAGAGGAAAGAUAUAAUCUGCACAAGGCCAAUGAAAAGCUAGGGAUGGUGCUGAUUGAGAUUGUUCGCAGCAUCGUUGCAACAGAGGAAUUGAUUGGCCAAAAGAUCAGUGCCAGAACCAGCACAUCUCAGCAGGCUUCUCAUCAGAAGAGCUCAGCAGGGAUCAAAGAUGCAGACGAGUCGGGCAUUACAGUUUCAGAGUUGUCAGCAGAGGAUGUGGAGCUGACCCAGCUAUUCUGUGAGAGCUUGCUCGUUUCAGAUGCUCAGAUCAGUCCUGGCGGAGAAGAAGCAGCUCUGAAUGCCUGCGGCAGACUACGACACACAGUAGGCACGCUACUGGAACUGCUCAACCAGGCCAACACACAGCUGGAGCAGACUCAUGAUGUCCACCUUUCUCUGGAAGAGAAGUUCUCUCAGGGCAGAGAAGACUCCGCCCAACUCUUUAAGCAGCACAAGCUCUUAUUGGAGCAGCUAGAUCAGGAAGCAAGGCUCAAGAGUCAACUCCAGCUGGAGCUCCACAAGGCUGAGGGGCUCCUAGAGGGCUACAUGGCUGAGAAAGUGGUCCUAGAGGAGUGUCUCCAGCAGAGGGAGGCACAAGAGGAGAGACUAGUAGAGGAGCUGGAGGAUCUUAAGUUGAAGCUGCACCAGAUGGGGAGCGUCACUGGGGAGCUGGAAAGCCUCAGACUGAAGCACCAGGAGCUCAGUGAGGAGCACACGAUUCUCCUCCGCCAGAAGGAGCAUCUCUCUGCCGGUCUGGGGGAUCGAGAGAAAGCUCUACUAGCAGAGACGGAGCUUUUGACCCAGGAUAGGCUGGACCUGCAGCGGCAGGCGGAGCGGGACCACAGAUCUCUGUCUCAACGCCUCAGGGCCCUGGAGAGGGAUUUGGAAGACCAAGAAACCAAGGGCCUGGAGACAGAGCUGCACAACAAGACCCACACGGAAGACCUUAACCAGCGUGUCCAAGCACUGGAGAAACAACUGAAACACGACCGCCAGUUUAUAGAGGAGCAAGCGGUGGAGCGUGAACAUGAAAGAGACGAGUUCCAACAGGAGAUCCGAAGGCUGGAGACCGAACUCAGACAAACAGCCAGUGUGGAUAACAAAGGACACAGGUUUGAGGACUUGGCUCUGCAGGUGGAAAGUCUGCAAGCUAUCAUCAAAGACAAGAUGGACGACCACGCUUCCUUGUUCACAGCCAAUCAGCAGGCCCAGCGUGACCUUGCUGAACGCAAUGAGGAGAUAGAAAAGCUUGCCGGGCGAAUCAGAGAACUAGAGCAUGCGCUGCUCAACACUGCUGAGAGUAACCGAUCUAUUGGUCAACUUGAACAAGAGCUUCACAAAGCAAAGUUGAGAGAACAGGAGCUCACACAAGAUAAGCAAGCACUGGAGCAGCAGCAGCUGUCCAACAGGCUUCAGAUCUCCGCCCUGCAGUCCAAACUGGAUGAGACGAGACACUGUUACCAUGACAACACACGUGAUCCGACCCAGGAGCUUAGGGAUGCCCUGGACACUGCUCAGCAGAGCCUACAGUGCAAAGAGCAAGAGGUUGAGGUUCUGCUUGGCCAACUGGAGAAUGUGCAAAGAGACUUGAGCAUCAAAGAAGUUGAACUAAAACACCUCACACUUCAGCUGGAGUCACUGGCCAAUCAGAAUGCAGCUCGUGUAAAUGAGCUCCAAGAGCAGAUUGCUGCACUGAAGGAGACUGUGUCUACUCUCAAAAUACUUGAGGAGGAGAAGGAAGAGCAAAGUGAGGUGCAGGAAGUAUUUGAAGAGACCCUCCCCUCAGCUCUACUGCAGGAGAAAAACCAGGAGAUUGAUCACCUCAACAAUGAGAUCCAAAGACUAGAACAGGAGCUGGAGAACACCAGAGACAACACGGAUUUGGAGGUUGAACUUGAUGAUCUGCGCUCACAGGUGGAACAUCUUCAGUCUGAAGUCAUGAGAGUGCGUCAGGACAAAGAGGAAGAAGAGGAGCGCCUUCAUGAGGUCAUCAGCACGCUGCAGGCAGAACUUGCCACACUGGGCCCCAACGUGCAUGAAGUUAGCGACUCUCAGGAUGGUGACAGCAUCAAUCCCUCACCCGCUCCCAGCCCAGAACCUCAACACUACACCAUCCAGGAACAGGAGAGGAGGGGAAAGCCAAAUAGCCUGAAGCAAGAGCUCAGUCUGACUCACUCCACCGCCUCUCGUUCCCUUCGCUCUCGUCUCAAGGCCACUCAGAGUCAGCUGGAGACAGCGGUUGCGGAGAGAGAGGGACUGGAGAGAUUACUGCUCACCCAGGAGGAAGAGUACAGAGGACACGGGCAGGAACUGGGAAGGAGGUUGAAUGCUGAGAAAGAAAAGGCAGAUGAGCUCCAAGGUCUCCUCACCCUCAAGGAAGCUGAGCUGGAGAAGGUGAAAGCCCAGGCAGAGGUGGAUAGGGAGAAGAGGAAAUCAUCUGAGGAGGAGAGGGAAUCCCUGCAUGGGGAGAAAGCCCAUCUUAACACCCUGGUUACCAAUCUUCAAGAGGCAGAACAAGAGCAGAUGAGAGAGAUUGAAACUUUAAAAACAAAAGAGCAGGAGAUGAAACUAGAAAUGGAGGUUCUCAGAGAAACCAGCCUUACACUUGAGAGACAAAUUCAGGAGAUGAGAGCCGAGGUGGUAGAUAUGGAGAAACUGGUUGCUGUUGAAAGGGCAAAGAUUAAAACGCUUGAGACUGUGAAGGAAGAGCUUUCUGCUGAAAGUGAAGCACUCAGGAGGAAGGAGAAGCAACUUCAGGUGGAAAUUGAAAGGCUGAGGCAGGAAGUGACUUCAAUGAGAAGCCUGAUCCAGGACCUGACUGUUAAACUCAAUGAGAAGGAAACCAAUCAAGAAGAGGCUCAAAAGGAGGUGCUGACAAAUGCUGAAGUGACUUUGGCUAAAGCAGACACUGCUUUAAGACAGAAGGAGGAGGAGCUCAUCAGACUCAGGGCCGAGCAUCAGGCUCUGAGGACGGAGCUGACCACAGUGAUACAGGGUCUGAGCACCAGUGCAGCGAGAGCUGAGAAACUACACGAGGAAGGACAGACCAAAGACUGUGCCCUUGUCGACCUGGAGACUGAAAACCAGCGGCUGAAGGCAGAGCUCAGACGUUUGCAAGAGGACCUGGCUGUGCAGGAAGAGGAACUGGCCUAUCAGCAGAGAGAACUACAGCAACUCCAACAGCACUGUCAACAGCAGGACACACUUCAUCAUCAACAAGGAUACCAACAGAAAGAUAUUUCUCAGAGACCCUUUGAGGACAUUGUGAGUGUCUCUCGUGACGAAGCCUCUCUGAGCUCCCCGGAGCUGUUGAGGAGACUCGAAUGCUCCGAGGACAUAAUCCCGCAGCGUUUCCAUGCCUCUGUCCUGGGCUCUCGUCUGUCUGAGCUCAGCGUACUGAACAGCACGGGCCUGGAUCUGCCCCAACACAAAACCUCUCCCAGGGUUGUGAUGGAGCCCCCCCACUCCCGGACCAUCACUCCAGAUCCUUCCACGCGGAGUACCCGCUCCCCAGGCUCAGCCUUCGUCUCAGACAACUUCUCCAUGGUUGACUCUCUAGAUAAUGACAGACUGCGUGACUUGGAAGGACUUGAUCUGACAGCCCCUCCGUCUCCACUUGGCUCUGCCUCCUCCCUAUCAGCACCAGAGUGGGCCAGUGAUGGAUAUGGAAGCAACGUGAGUUCAGAGUUGGGUGCAAGGCUGAGAGUCGAGCUUGAACAGACUGAAAGACUGGAUGCUCAGUUUGUUGAGUAUCUCCGCUGUCGAGGAAUGAACCCGACAGCUAACACAGACAGUGCUGCAGGUAGCAUGAGCUACAGCGAUGACCUAUUAUCUCCUGAGCUCCAGAAUCUGUUGAAAAAGGUUUAUCAAGAAAGCUGCAGAAUUCUCACCUUGUCACAGCGGCGUGCCACCUCCUCCAUCCAGCCUCAUACCUCAGACGUAAAAGCUUUCUCAUCGAGUCAGACGGAGUAUCAUGGUGAAGAUAGCGCCACCUUAAUGGACAAAUCAUCCUCGAACCCUCCCAUGAGCUGGCAGCAGGAGAAGAGGGCGCUGCAGGAGACUGUGAUCGCUCUCCGAGAGCUGCUCUGUCGAAUGGCACAGAGACACACACAAACUGACAACAGGGGUGAAUAUGACUGGCAGAGAGAUGGACAGUUUGAAUCCCAACUGAAAGCAGAGCUGGAGGAGAAUCAGAAACAACUGAAAUGUGCUCAUGACACACAGCGAGAGCAAAAUAAAAAAAUACAAUCGCUCAGACUCGCUGUAGAAGAAGCUGAAGUGGCUUUGAAGGAAGAGCAAACCAGAUUCCAGGAGCUUCAACAACAACUGGAGCAGGAGAGAGCUCUGAGUCUCCAUAAAGACAGAGAGGCGGGAGAAAGGAGAGAGGCUAUGCAAGUAUCCUCUGAUCAACAGAGGUCAGAGGUCAUGGCUCUGAAGGGUCAUGUAGAGCAGGAGAGGGUGGCAUGCAGCAACCUCAGACGUGAGCUACAGAUUGAACAGUCGCGCAGUGAGCUGCUGGAGAAACGGGUAGACGACACCCAGAAGGAGCUAGAAGAUGAACGUCAGCAUUCUGCCCAGCAACACGAUCUCAUCCUGAAAGAAAAGACUCGUAUCCAGCGUCUCUUGACCGAAGCAGAAUUUCGCUCAGGUGAGAUUCACUCUAAACUUGCAGCUGCUCACAGGAAGCUGGACGAAGAGAGAGACCGAUGCUCCAGGCAGCUGGAUGAGCUUAGCCGCAGACAUGAGGCCGACUCAGCCAGAGACAGGAAGUUUAUCUCUGACAUGCGCAGCCAGCUAGAGCAGGAGCGAAUGCAGGGAGAGGAGCUGGCAGCUGUGAUGGCCAAACUGAGGUCUGAGUUACUGCAGAGCAGAAGGAAAUGUGAAGAGGAGGACAGAACAAGGAGGGAGGAGCUGCAGAAAGAACAGGAGGCCACCACUCGACAGCGUGUGGCGAUGGAGACCUUGAAGGAGCAGAAACAGGAAGCCAGCCGUGCUUUGGAGGUGGAGCGAGAGCGGUCCAGGCGCCUUGGGGUGGAACUCGCAGAGCUGAAGGAGAGACUCCGACUGAUGAAGGACAAAGAGAGGGAGAGGGAGGAGCUGUGGGAGAGAGAAAGGAGGAAGGGGCGGCAAGAUCAGAUGGAGAAAGAGAGACGUCAGGAGAGGACCACUAACAAACUGUGUGAGUUGGAGUUGUUGCGGCAGCAGGAUCAGCAGCGAAUGCAGGAGCUGCAGCAGACUCUAGCAGAGCUGGAACGAGAGGAGAGAGAGAUGGCUGCUCAGAGGAUGUCUGGACGGACCACAGGGCAACAACACAAGCCUGCAUCCACACAGCAGCAGCUCCAAACUGACGGCGCUCAGGCAGGAAGCUCACAACAAAACCAGCAGAUUUCAUCCACGUCACCAUCGUCCACUCUGCUGGAGAAGUUGUUGAGUGAGAACUCGGAGCUGACGGAGCGUGUGACAUCAUUGAGUCAGGAGAGAGCCACUCACAAACACAGACUCACCUUCCUGGAGCGACAGCUGCGCCACUCUGAGAACCAGCUUGCCAAGGUCACGGCAGAAACUGAAAACAGACCCAUCAAUGAUGUGAUCAACAACAGCAAGGUGCAGCGUUUGUAUGAGCGUUACCUGCGUGCUGAGAGCUUCAGGAAAGCUCUGGUGUAUCAGAAGCGUUACCUGCUGUUGCUGUUGGGAGGUUUCCAGGACUGUGAGCAGGUCACACUGUGUGUCAUUGCUCGUAUGGGGGCGUGGCCCUCGCCACCACUCUCUUCCCUGCACCGGCCCCUCAGGAGAUUUAGAGCUGCUGUACGAGCUGUCAUUGCGAUCUCAAGAAUGAGGUUCCUGACCAGGAAAUGGCAGAAAGCAAUCAGAAGAUUAUCUAUAUCUGGGACUGUCAAUGGUCAUGCUCCAGGUCAGCUCGGGCCUAAAGCUGAAGUUUUAAGGCAGCAACAGUCCAGAUCAAAUUACGACUCGUCCCCGAAUAGAGACACGGUGUCGGCUCUCGUCCCACCCAGCAAAUCACCCUUCAGGUUGCACAACAGGUCAUACUCCAGCACCACCCUUCCCUCUGGGCAUUCAGGGGGAGCGUCUCAGGAUCCAGAAGGAUCCCUGACAGAAUAUAUCCACCAUCUAGAGAAAGUGCAGCAACGUUUGGUGGGAGCCAGGCAAGUAAGCAAGACUCAUAGACUCCCUAAAGAGGAAAGGAGGAUACGGUCAGCCUGUUCCCCUGAUAUGAUUGGUUAUCGGCAGCGCUGGCUGCAGGAGAACAGGACGUGGCUGUACCUGAGCUGCCUGUCGCCACUUUACCUGUAUGGUCCAGGCUCGUCUGUUCUCCAGUCCGACCAAAAGUAAUCCGUCCACUGAACAUAUGAAUGUCUCCUGUCUGCACAUCCUUCCAAAUCUUUCCAUGCCUUACACCUAUGUAGAAACAUAAAGAAAGGAAUAUCCGAUGCGAGGGGAUUUCUUUCUGAUGGCGUGAAUUUUAUACGUACAUAAAUUAUUUUUUAAAUUUUCUAAUGUAACCUUUGUAUUCUCUGUACCUUAAUAUUUUGAAGGUCACUGUUUAGAUGUUGCGAGAACAAAUGUUUUUAUUUUGAAUAUUGCCAUUUGUUAUUUUUCUACUAAUGUUUUAUACCAUGUUGUUACUAUGUACAUAAGCCUGAUGUUCAUGUGUCCAAAUGUGCACUGGUUUUACACUGGAAACCCAUGAUCAACACAGCUAGAGGUUGUAUUAUUGCAUCUGAGUUUUUGUAUCAUCUAUGUUUCUACCAUAAAGUUAAUAAAUAAUUUAAAUGUGUGACAACAAA